GGAGGAGUCCCCGGAAGUGAUGCACGGAGAAUCCCACGUGUGCGCGUCCGCCCUACAUGGCGGUGCUUCUGAGGAGACUGUUGCAGCCGGGGAGGCCCCCGGCGGCCUUGGGCCGCAACCGGGGACAGCGCGAGGCCAACCUGUGCACUGGUCCCGGGGCUACGGUGCGAGUGCGGUUCGCCCCCAGCCCCACAGGCUUCCUGCACCUGGGCGGCCUCCGCACUGCCUUGUACAACUACAUCUUUGCCAAGAAGCAUGGAGGGACCUUCAUCCUGCGGCUGGAGGAUACGGACCAGACCCGCCUUGUGCCCGGGGCAGCGGAGAAUAUUGAGGACAUGCUGGCAUGGGCAGGCAUCCCACCUGACGAGAGCCCCCGCCGGGGAGGCCCUGCCGGACCCUACCUGCAGUCCCAGCGGCUGGAGCUGUACGCCCAGGCUGCAGACGCUCUGGUCAGGACGGGCGCCGCCUACCCCUGCUUCUGCUCCCCGCAGCGGCUGGAGCUGCUGAAGAAGGAGGCGCUGAGGAACCGGCAGACGCCCCGCUAUGACAAUCGGUGCCGGAACCUGAGCCAGCAGCAGGUGGCCCAGAAGCUGGCCAGCGACCCCAAGCCGGCCAUCCGCUUCCGCCUGGACGAGGAGGCGCCGGCCUUCCAGGACCUGGUGUACGGCUGGACUCGGCACGAGGUGGCCAGCGUGGAGGGGGACCCGGUCGUCCUGAAGAGCGACGGCUUCCCCACCUACCACCUGGCCUGCGUGGUGGACGACCACCACAUGGGCGUCAGCCACGUGCUGCGGGGCUCUGAAUGGCUGGUGUCCACCACCAAGCACCUGCUGCUCUACCGGGCCCUGGGCUGGCCGCCGCCCUGCUUUGCACACCUGCCCCUGCUCGUCAACGCAGACGGCAGCAAGCUGUCCAAGAGGCAGGGGGACCUCGUGCUGGAGCGUCUCGCUGCUGCUGGCUUCCUGCCAGACGCCUUGCUUGACAUGGUCACCAACUGUGGCUCGGGCUUUGCAGAGAACCAGAUGGGCAGGACCUUGGCGGAGCUCAUAGCACAGUUCGACCUGAGCCGUGUCACCUGCCACUCAGCCCUGCUGGACCUGGAGAAGCUCCCAGAAUUCAACAGGCUGCACCUCAGUCGGCUGGUGAGCAGUGAGACCCAGCGGCGCCAGCUGGUGGAGAAGCUGCAGGCGCUUGUGGAGGAGGCAUUUGGGAGCCAGCUCAGGGACACAGCUGUCCUGGACCCAGCCUACGUGGAACGGGUCAUCCUGCUGAGACAGGGUCACAUUUGCCGCCUGCAGGACUUGGUCUCCCCAUCACACUCCUACCUGUGGACUCGCCCUGCUGUGGGGCGAGCACAGCUGGGCGCCAUCUCGGACAAGGUGGAUGUGAUUGCCACGCGCGUGCUGGGGCUUUUAGAAGGACGCGCUGCGAGCUUAACUCAGGACACGCUGAACGCUGAGCUGAGGAGGCUCUCAGAAGGCCUGGACGGCACCAAGCACAGUCACGUGAUGAAGCUCCUCCGAGUGGCUCUGAGUGGGCAGCAGCAAGGACCCCCUGUAGCUGAGAUGAUGGUGUCCUUGGGACCAGAGGAGGUGCGGGAACGAAUACAGAAGGUGCUUUGCAGCUGACAGAAGACACAGACAGCGGAGGAGGCCUGAGGAACCUGUGGAGACUGCCGUCGGAGGGGAGGAGCAGGAGGCCUGCGGCCCUUCAGGAAGCGAGCGGAAGGAACCAAGGGUGGGAACCGUCUCCGGUGGCACAGGGCACCUGAGGCUCCAUGGCAGGCCGGGGACGCCCAGCCCCAGCUCACCUCCCUGAGCCUGGAACGUCAGGGCUCCCAUCUGCUUCUCUCCACACAGUACACAGCAGAGGUUAGGAGCUGGUUCACGCACGGUCCAGAGGGCUCAGGCUGCCGUCGCAGAGUCCCACAGACUGGGUGGCAUAAACAACAGAACGUUACUGUCUCACGGUUCUGGAGGCUGGAAGUCCAAGAUCAGGGUGUCAGCAGGUGUGGCUUCUCCUGAGGCCUCUCCUUGGCUUGCCGAUGGCGGUUUUCUCUCUGUUCUUACAGUUGUCUGUGCCUUUAUGAUCUGUGUGUCCAGAUGUCCUCUUACAAGGACACCAGUCAGAUGGGCUUAAAGCCCAUCCUCGUGGCGCAAUUUAACCGUAAACACCUCUUUAAAGGCCCAGCGCAAAUGGGUUCCAUGCUGAGGUCCCGGGGGUCAGGGCUUUAACAUACGCCUUUUGAGGGGACUCGGUUGAGCUCAUCACAGCUUGGCAGCAGCCUGGACUCGUGGACCCCAGUUCUCAGGCCCUGGUUGGACUUGGAGCAAUAAAGGAUGAUUGACAAGCAGGGCUGAACUGGACGUCCAACUUUCUUUGGCAUUUAGAAGGUCCUCAGCUGCCGAGUUGGAGCACAUCUUUAACUACUCUUGGUCCCUGGGCUUGGGCAGCCCUUGUCUCCCUUCCCAAAAGGUUGUCUGUCCCUCUUUUCCAGUUCUCCAGACUGGUUGGUCCCUGGACUGGAGACCUUCACCCUGCCUAGUCUGCGUCUUUUCCUUCAUAUCCACUUCCUUCCACCCAUUACUUGUAAGUCACUCUGCGGGCUUCCGAAGUGAGAUGUUCUUGGUGUGACUAGGAAUAGUUGAAGUCAAAGGAGUGUGGGGCUCGCUCCCCAGACGCCCCACAGGGCCGCCAGGCGUCCCCCAUGUGGCAGCCAGCCUCUGAGACGGCCCCAGGUGUCACCUCCUGGAACUCCCAUGGCGUAGGACUGACGCAGCGUGGCUUCCCUCUUGUCCCUUUAGCUCCCUUACUCUGUGGGAAGCCAGCUUCCACAUGACGCUCGGGUGGCCCUGUGGAGCGGUCCAUGUGACAGGGAGCUGAGGCCUCCUGCCGGCAGCCAGGUGAGGGCACUGUCUUGGAAGUGGCUCUUCCAGCCCCAGUCCAGCCUUCCGAUGAUCGCAGCCUUGGCUGGCGUCUUGACUCGUGAAAGAGCCUGAGCCACAACCGCUAAGCAAAGCUGGUCCCAGAUUUCUGACAUACGAAUUAGGAGGUAAUCCACCUUCAUCACUUAAAGCCACUUGGUUUGGGGAUAAUCUGUUACCCAGCGAGAGCGCUGAUGGACUCAUCUUAUCCAGGGACCGAGGGAAAGGGGGUUAAAGAAUGUGUUGAACUGCACAGAGACCUCGUCUUCGCUUUAAAAGUGUAUCAGCUGAAGUUCUUUGUUGCAAACUAUGGGAACCCGCUCUGCCUAAACUGAAGUUUAUUGGAGACUCUAUGGAGAGGUUAAGUUAGUGGGAGAGUCAGAGUCUGUGGGAAAGCCAGACACCCAGGGCCGGAAAAGACGGGCCCAGGGACCCGCCAGCUCUGGCUAUGCGGCAGCAGGACUGGUGGCCGUCUGCCGUCCUGCAGCGAGGCGGCUGGGACUCCAGCUGGUCUUCGUGGUUUGUCUCUUUGCACCUUUCCCGCAGUGUUGGGUGACUUGGCUGCAGGUUCUGCAGGAAGAGAGUGUCGGGUUGGGCUCACUGAGGUCACGUUGCCAUUCCUUAGCCGGGAAUGGGUGGUCCCUCGGGGUGGUAUCCAAUGGAGGAGAAGUUGUUCCCAAGAAAAACAAGGGUGCUUUUUCCAGAAAAGGGUAACGGACAAGAGGACACAGAAUAAUCACACUAGUAAUUUGUGCACUUCCCUGAGGCACAACCACAUCUGGGUUCAGAUUUUGCUGGCACACACUUUAGUCCAUCAUCUCAUUAAACCUUCACAACCCCACGAGAGAGACUUACUGUGUUUCCCCGA